AUGUUAUCGCGCAUCACGCACUCCACCAGACUAGCCCGUUCCUUCACGUCUGCCCCUGUCCAUGGUUUUGUAGGAGCGAUCGGGAACACGCCAUUGAUUCGCCUCAAUAAACUCUCUGAAGAAACUGGAUGUGAGGUCCUCGGCAAGGCUGAGUUUCAAAACCCGGGUGGAAGUGUAAAAGAUCGCGCUGCAUUAUAUGUAAUUAAAGACGCUGAGGAAUCCGGGAGGCUCAAACCGGGCGGUACCGUCGUAGAGGGCACUGCCGGUAACACCGGUAUCGGCCUCGCUCAUGUCUGUCGCUCAAAGGGCUACAACUGCGUGAUUUACAUGCCGAAUACUCAGAGUCAGGAAAAGAUUGAUCUAUUGAAAAUGCUUGGUGCAGACGUUCGGCCAGUUCCUGCAGUCGCCUACGAAAAUCCCAAGAAUUACAACCAUCAGGCAAAAGAAUAUGCAGAGGCCACGCCAGGCGCUGUAUGGACGAACCAAUUCGAUAACGUUGCAAAUGCGCGCGCUCACUACGAGACUACUGGCCCCGAAAUCUGGAGGCAGACUGGUGGAAAGGUCGAUGCUUUUAUUUGCGCCACUGGUACAGGGGGUACCCUCUCGGGAACCGCACGGUUCUUUAGGGAACUGCACGAAAAAGGGGAGAAAAAGGUGGAAUCCUGGCUUGCAGACCCACCUGGCAGUGUUCUGUACAGCUACGUUUCUAGCAUUGGCCAAGGCCGAAUCACGGAUAACCUUGCACCGGAAGUAUCGAAAUUGUCUGGUGCACUGCAUAUACCCGAUGAAAUGACCAUCGCGAUGGUCUACCGUAUGCUGGACGAGGAAGGUAUCUACAUUGGUGCGAGUUCGAGUUUGAACGUAGCUGCUGCGCGAGAGCUUGCCCUGAAGAAAGGACCGGGCAAAACAAUUGUCACUAUCCUGUGCGAUGGUGCAUACAGGUGA